AUGCCCACUAACAGGACAAACCGUCCACUGAAGCUGCAGUUUGGUCUGAUCAAUCAUGAGAGUUGCUACCUCACCGCAGAGGCCUUUGGCUUCAAGGUGAAUGCAUCAGCCCCCAGUCUGAAGAGGAAGCAGGUGUGGACGUUAGAGCAGGACUCCCAUGACCCCCAGGUGGUCUACUUCCGCAGCCAUCUGGGCCGAUACCUGGCCUCCGACAAGAAUGGCAAGGUCACCUGCGAGGCCGAGGUCCAGAACACAGACUGCCGCUUCCUGAUCGCUGCCCAAUCAGACGGCCGCUGGGCACUGCAGUCUGAACCCUAUCUGAGGUUCUUUGGAGGUUCCUGGGACUACCUGUCCUGCUUCACCCAGGUGAUCACAGAGGCGGAGCUGUGGGCAGUACACCUGGCGCUCCACCCGCAGGCCAACCUGCUCAGUAUGGCCCGCAAGCGCUACGCCCACCUGUCACCCCGCAAUGGCGAGAUUGCCGUGGACCGAAAAAUUCCAUGGGGCGUGGUAGCUCUCCUGACGCUCGUCUACCUGGAUGGGAAGUACCGGCUCAAGACCUGUGACAGCCGUUACCUAGUCAACGAUGGGACGCUGUCAGCGGAGAGCAGGAUGGGCACAGGGUACACACUGGAGCUGAAGUGUGGGAAGCUGGCGUUUAAGGACUGUGAGGGGAAGUACCUGAGUCCCAUGGGCCCCACGGGGACACUGAGGUCUGGCAGGUGCACCAAGCCGGGGAAGGACGAGCUGUUUGACCUGGAGGAGAGCCACCCUCAGGUGGUGCUGAUGGCAGCCAACGGUAAAUAUGUGUCUAUACGGCAAGUGAGCAUCUCGGCCAAUCAGGAGGACGAGACGGACCUUGAGACGUUCCAGAUGGAGAUAGACAAGGACAGCAAGAAGUGUCUGUUCCGGACUAAUGAGGGGAAAUACUGGGCCCUAGUGACCCAUGGAGGCAUCCAGACUACAGCCACAGAGAGGUCUGCCAACACAAUGUUUGCAGUGGAGUGGAUGGGCCACAGGGUGGCACUACAAGCCAGUAACGGGAAAUACAUCUGCACCAAGAAGAACGGCCAACUAGCAGCCAUCAGCGACUCCAUAGGUGAGGAUGAGAAGUUGGUUCUGAAGCUGAUAAACCGUCCCAUGCUGAUCCUGCGAGGGGAGAAUGGCUUCAUCUGCCACCAUAAGAACUCCAACACGCUGGAUGCCAACAGAUCAGUCUAUGACAUCUUCACACUGCACUUCAGUGACGGGGCCUACCACAUCAAAGGUGAGGGAGGGAGGUUCUGGUAUGUGAACAGCAGUGGUCUGGUGUGUUCAGACGGAGAGACACCAGAUGACUUCUCUUUUGAGUUCCUGGAGCACGGACGCAUCUCCAUCCGAGGCAAGAACGGCAGAUACCUGCGAGGCCAGGGGGGAACGCUGAAGGGAGAUGGGGCUACCCCGGACAGCUCUGCCCUCUGGGAGUACUGAUCCAGGACUAUAUGGAGACCGCUCUCCUACCCUGCUGGAUGUAGAGGUUACCCCCAAGUACAGAUCAAGGAUCUGAUUGGGGCAGAUUACCACAUUACCCUAACCCCAAUGUCCUACGGUUAAUGAAUAGAUUGGUACCAGUAGUUAGUGGCAACUUCUGCCCUAUCCCUUAGGGCCCUUUCUGGCCCUGUCUCACACCACUCAACCUACUCCUGGCAUGCCAGCCACAGGAGAAGGCACAAAGAGAUAACAAUGACUAUUUUCAUAGGGGAGGCAGGGAAGACAGAAGAGGGAGUAAGGGGUCCCAUGUUUUCAGUUAAGAAAGAAGUGAUGUUUGGUGGAGCCAACACUGUUCAGUGAGUCAACGCCACAGUCCAAACAACGUUAUGCAUUAUAGGCCCAUGAGGAUUUUACUAUGUGUUUUUUAAUCAACAUGUUACUAGUAAAAGUCAAGGUUCAGGGUAACUAUCAUACUCACACACAGAGGAGUAGUCAUGGCUUAGGUUUCCCAUUUUGAAGUUUAUUCUGGUUUCUACUGGUCCUCUGUAGCUCAGUUGGUAGACCAUGGCGUUUGCUACGUCAGGAUAGUGAAUUCGAUUGCAGGGACCAGCCAUGUGUAAAAUGUAUGCACACAUGACUAAAUCUCUUUGGAUAAAACAAUAUGCUAAAUGGCAUUUAUAUUAUUAUUAUAUAUUAUAAUUAUUUUACUACAGCAGCUACAAGUACUACAUAACUACUAUCUGCCCACUGCUACAAAUGGCUAUAGAGCCGCUCUGGUGUAAAACCAAGGGGCCUUAAACCAAUUAGCUAUUGCACCCUCUCCCAAUCCUUCCUCUCUUCCACCCCUCUCACUCUCUACUCUGUGGUUUUCCCAAUCCUUCCUCUCUUCCACCCCUCUCACUCUCUACUCUGUGGUUUUCCCAAUCCUUCCUCUCUUCCACCCCUCUCACUCUCUACUCUGUGGUUUUCCCAAUCCUUCCUCUCUUCCACCCCUCUCACUCUCUACUCUGUGGUUUUCCCAAUCCUUCCUCUCUUCCACCCCUCUCACUCUCUACUCUGUGGUUUUCCCAAUUCUUCCUUUCCUCUCUUCCACCCACUUUCUUCCUUGCUGUUUUGCCAAUUCUGACUUUUGUAAGUGACAGUUUAGAGAUGUGUAAUAAUGAACUCAGAAAGUCAUCAACUUAUCGUAGCCGAGUCAUUGUUAGCGGAUAGCUUCCUUAUCAUCAUAGCGUUGUCAAAGGAUACACACAUUUGCAAGCAUGAUCGGCGGCUGCAUCUCAAAUGUCACCCUAUUCCCAACGUAGGGCAGCAGGCCUACUUCAGACCACAGACACAUAGGUUAAUGGCUUGGUCAUAAGUUAUAGGCCUCUAUAUGUGAAAUAGGAGUGUGGUCAUUUGAGAUUAGUACAGGGUUUCCCCUGCAAACCAACCUUACAGUUACACGUUAGCUGUAACAAGACUACAUCUAGAAAGAGUAUAGUGC